GGAUUUGUGGUGUGCGGUUCGUGACGAAUGGGGGAAUACAGUGCUUCAGAAAGAUGGCUGAUGCGAAAAGAUCAACAAUAACUACCAACAGCACCAGCGGCAGCGGCGGAGGUAGUGGCAGCAGCAGUAGUAACAGCGGCAGCACUAGCAGAUCCCGCAGAUCGAAGAAUGAUCUGAUACGAAGCCUCGUAGGGAGCUAUCUGAAAGCGCGCAACUACACUGUUACCGAUCGUUAUCGAAAGUCGGAUCUCAUCCUAACACAAUCAACUGAGCAAAUCGUGAUGAAUACUGCCAUCAAGAACGAAACAUCGAAAGUGAACAGUUUUCUCUUCUCCAACAUCUGCCUAAACACAAAUAUGGCCCAGGUGGAUCAACAUUUUGCCAAGUUUGUGAAGUUUGCGCGAAAUCAACCGGAAGCCAUACGUUCGGAAUUGAGCGAAAUCAUUCCACCGUUGCUAUGUCAUCUGUACAUCGAGAUGCUGAAAGGACGCGAUUGGCGUCCGGCAAUCGAUUUUUUGCGUAAACACGCUCCACUAGUGGGCAAAGUGGAGCCGCCGACAACGGCACAGCCCAGUUCAUCGCCGUUGCUGCUGUUGAAUCAACAAAAAAUCAAUGGAACCAUCGAUGGUUCCCAACUACCUGGGGGUGAUCUUGGAUCAGUGUCACCGGCUGCACAUGCCAUCGUACAAAACUCGGCGAUCGUCUUCGUACCGGGAAGACCAUCCACAGAUGUGUCCCGUCGCACGGAAUCGUACAAGCAGUUGAUACAGAAGCUUUCCCAAAUCACCCGCAUCCAGGACUGUGAGUGUGAGCCACUGGUGGUGCAGUUUCGCUCCUGCCGAUCUCAGCUCCGGCUGAAGCUGGUCUCAAUCGCUGCCAUGCGUCAAUAUUUGGCCAAGCACGGCCAUUCACUCAUCCUGCAAACACUGCGCACAUGGUUUUACUUUGACACCGCGGAUGAUAAGAAUUUUGUAGACCUCAGUCCUGACGCAACGGCAGACAGCAGUGGAGCGCGGCCCAAUGCAAAUGGCCGAGGCCCGCUCGCAGUCGUCCCGGUAGCGUCCACCAAUGGACAGCUGAACGGAAGCUGUAGCAGUACUCCCAUGGAGGUGGAUGAUAGCGGAGGCGACACAUUGGUGUCGGCGGAGCGUAAUGAGCAUGAGUACGACUUUACCGAGCAUUCAGAGCAGGAAAAUGAGCGGUACCUUUUACAGAACGGUUUUACCACGCAUUACGUACGGUACAAAAUGGGUGAGGCCGAAAAUGGGCUUCCCCGUCUCGGUUCCAGCUACUUCGAUGAGAGACCGGGGGACGAAGAUGAGGAGUGCAUGAUGGAAGUGAAACCAGAGACACUACCGCAGCACACGAUGGAAGACAGUGGGUUGGAUGGUAUGUUCCCGCGGAUCAGCAGCGAGGAACGGUUGCGGCGGUUGAAGGAAAGCGCCACAAAACUCUCCCUCUACCAGCGACCGUUGUGUGUGUACAGCUUGGACAACGUCGGCCAUCUGCUGACGAGCGUAGCGAUCGAUCCCGGAUGCUGUCACGUGGCGAGCGGUUUCGAGGAUUCCACCAUCAUGUUGUGGUCGACGAGCCGAAGCACCCAGCUUGGCCGCAAACCGUACGCAUGCGUUCGGGAUCGGCAAUGCAGCUGGAAUGUGACAUCCUGUGAUAGUAGAUUUAGUGAAUCGGAGGAUUCGGACGAUGAGGAGGGUGAUGAGAGUCGAAGGGCGAGUGGGAGCGGUUACAGGGACGGUACUUCGCUACUGGAUGAUGGAUUCGACAGCAUGUUUGAUCUGAAGACACCGGCUGAUAGGGAACGGAUAAAUAAGUUGCUUCCUUCGUACAAGCGGCGCCAGACGAAACGAGAACGGUGGAAGCAAUUUCUCGAAGGACGCUGUGUGGAUAAUACUUUUACCCCAACCGGUGGUGUGGCCCUUCGUGGCCACAGCCAGGCCGUAACGGAUCUACUCUUCUCCGAGCAAAACCCAUUGCUAAUGAGCGUUUCGCGAGACUGCACAAUGCGGGCGUGGACGGGACGUGACUAUACCUGCCGGGCGAUCUACCGGGGCCACAAUCAUCCCAUCUGGUGUGUUACGGAAAGCUCGACCGGGCUUUACCUAGCAACCGGGUCGCGUGAUACGACCGCACGACUUUGGUCCACCGAUCGCCGGUUUCCGCUGCAGAUGUACGUGGGCCAUACGCAGGAUGUGGACACGGUUGCGUUUCACCCGAACGGCAACUAUCUGGCAACCGGUUCGACCGAUCUCUCUGUACGUCUGUGGUGCGUGACCAGUGGUAAGCUGUUUCGCAUUUUCACCGAUUGCCGCCAGCCGGUGCAUAGGAUUUGUUUCAGCCCCGAUGGAAAGUAUUUGGCCGCAGGAGGGGAUGAAAACCGUGUACGUAUCUUUGACCUGGCGGCCGGUUCACAACUAACAGAACUGAAGGAUCACACGGCGGCCGUCACUUGUGUCACUUGGAGCACCGACAGUCGUCAUUUCGUGUCUUCGUGCGCAGACGGCACGAUACGCAUUUGGGAUGCGAAGCGAAUGCUUCUGACAUCUGCGUCAUCCUCGAUGCCCACUGCCCAAGCAACGGUACCGCGUGACCAGGCCCCCAGUUCGUCGCUGUCCGCCAGCGUAACGUCGACCAGCCGGAGUGGAGUUAGCCCAGGGGGAGCAGCGAAUGCGCUCAACAAUGGCACCACCACGGCUUCCAUGUCCAAUCCAAAGAUGAACAUCACAACUCACUCCCCACAGCAGCCCGGUUCGAGGGCACAUCUGUCCGUUGCCAACGAUCCUUCCGGCGGCUCGUCGGCUAGCCCCUCGACGUCGUCGCCCACUUGUGGCUCCACUGGAGUCAAUAGCAAUAAUCUCCUGCUCGCAUACUCAACCGGUUGUCGGAGAAUUUAUCGACUGCACUACAAUAAGCUUAACGGUGGCUUAUCGUGUAUAGGAAGUAGCUAAAAACAAGGAAAGCGAGGGUUAAGGAAAGAAAGUGUAAAGUUAAAGAAACACCUGUAAUAAGUAUUAUUUAUUGAAACUCAGUCCUCCAGCAGACAGGCAUUGGAUCGGGAAGGAAAAAGUGUGUAAAAUUUGCUACCAUAUGAAACCUAGUAAAUGUUCGAAUCGGAGGGAAGAGAGAAACGUUACAAACUGAAAAGGUGUGCACCUUUCAGCUAAUUAGAACGCACGUUGUGCCGUGCUUAAGGAUUCUUCAAAAGUGUACGAAAAAUUAAGUAAAUAAUAGCUCUAAGAAGGAUCUUCAAACGUACCACA